UCGCGGAGUCGUUAAAAGUUAACAACGCAGAGUGAGAGAGAGAGAGAUAAGGAAGGAAAAAAGAAAAGAAAAGCGUUACAUUAUACAGCCGUGCAAUAAUAAUGUAUUAGCCCUAGCGGAACGAGUGGAUAACGGGAUCGCCGUCCGCGUACUUGUCGAGGACUUCCCUCUCCCCGCCUCUUCCUCGUCCGUGGGCCGAAAAAGCAUGCAGCGGGACUCGACGGACGACAGCGACGAUGCAGCGUCGUUACCGCUCUCAGAAUUCGCCGAGGACGAAGACGACAUGACAACCCGUCCGACGACGUCCAAGGACCUCGCGACGUCGUCGCCGCCGCAGUCUCGGCCGCUGGGGCCUCCUCCUCGCAGACCGAAGCAGAAAGCCGCGGCCGACGAGCUCUCGUCCUGCGAAGGAGGGACGCCCGUAGCCGCCGGAAGUUGUCACGACCCGUUUCUGUCACGUGGGUUGAAUGACGUCACGGUCAACAUCCGGCGGUGCCGUCGUCGUGCGGUCGGAAAGAUGUCGAACCCCGAGCGCAAGAGCAAGAAACCCUCGAGCAGUGCUUUCAAGCAGCAGCGGCUAUCGGCAUGGCAGCCGAUUUUGACAGCGGGCACGGUUCUGCCGACGUUCUUCGUCAUAGGCCUUGCAUUCGUCCCCAUAGGCAUCGGUCUGCUAGUUUCGUCCAACGAGGUGCAAGAGUUCCAGUUUGACUACACGGACUGCAAGGAGAAAGGCAAGAACGUGACGUGCGCAUCCGUCAUUCAGAACGACAUCAAGAAGACGUGCGUAUGCCUCGAGCGCAUCACAUUGCCCGAAGAUUUCAAGUCGGAAGUGUACGUGUACUACGGGCUGACCAACUUCUACCAGAACCACAGACGAUACGUGAAGUCCCGGGAUGACACGCAGCUCCUGGGCAAGCCACUUCAGACGAACCUCGACUGCGAACCCUUUGCACAGGAUCCCAAGACAGGGCAACCCAUCGCACCCUGUGGUGCUAUCGCAAACAGCAUCUUCAAUGACACGCUGACUCUCAAGUACCGUCACAAGCAAGACCGGGAUGGCAUCGAAGACCCCACCACGGUGCACAUGUUAUUCGACAAGAUUGCCUGGCCGACCGACCGCAGGGUCAAGUUCAGGAACCCACCAGGCAUGAAUUUCAAUGGCACCGCCAAGCCACCAAACUGGCCGCUUCCCGUGGAGGAUGUUGGUGGUUUCGAGAACGAGUCCCUGAUUGUCUGGAUGCGUACCGCUGCGCUGCCUACUUUCCGCAAGCUCUACGGCCGUGUGGACCACUCGCGUGAGCUCUUUGUCAGCUCGCUGCCCAAGGGGGACUACGACCUGGAGAUUGUGUACCGCUACCCGGUGAUGCCGUUCAAGGGCAGCAAGCGCAUCAUCCUCUCCAACACAUCGUGGCUGGGCGGCCGCAACCCGUUCCUCGGCAUCGCCUACAUCGCCGUGGGCAGCCUCUGCCUGGCGCUGGCCUUCGUCUUCCUCGUCAUACACAACAAGUUUGGCAAGAACACACAUGACCUGGUGAACAUAACCCAGAGAACACCUUACUAACGGCAGUCGGGGCACUCUCAGCGCGUCUACGCAUUCCACUGCAUCGGAUGAGGAUUUCUGCCCCCUCGGCUAGGAGAAGCCCACGCCGUGGACCACUUAAGUGUCGUGCCAGCUUCCCGGUUCAACCUUACGACGAGGUGUUGCUACUAGUGAUGCCGCUUUUAGUGUUUUGUUCGAAGAAUCCCGAAGAGACGAUCACGUGGUUGACAGUUUUCCCAGUUACAGUGCAGACAUUUUUUAACUAUUCGUUUGUGGUACAGUCAACUCCUGUUAAUGCGACCCUUGCGGGACCGUACGAUUUGGUUGAAUUAUCCGUUAUGUCGUAUUUACAAACAGCGGCAAAACGAGCAAAUCAAAUAUUUUUUGUUGUUAAAGCGAAAAUGAGACAUCCACCCAAUGCUGUUGCUUGAAGUCGUCUGCUAUGUCUCUUGAAGUGCAACUGAACCAGCUUGAGGCAAAGAGUGUCUAAAUGUUUAAACGCUGCCUCAGCAUGACACGACACGAAACAAGCGGGAACGGAUGGCUUCACGAGCAGUAGGAGUGUCGGCCACUAAAGGACAAAAAUAAAUUGAAAUGAAACAGCUGCACACCUAUAGAAACAGUAGCAACGUCUGCUGAGUUUUUUGUGUUUUCAAGCUUUUAGUAACCGUUGUGGCACAUGAAGGAGGCGCCAGCGGGGGUCAAAUUAACCGAAGCGGCACUCUUUUGAGUUCAAACUAAAUGAGCUUUCCUUCCAUACCAAUGUACAAUUUUUGGCUGGGGCAUUCCAGUGCAUUGCCUGUGCUUUCAUCCGUCAUGAAGGGGUAUUCAGAAUCCUCUUGGUUUGAAAAACAAACAUGAAAGUUAAUGCAAAGUGACCAACGCGCCAUGUCUGAAGAGAUUAUCGAUACCCUUGAGCUGAUGCUCUGAAUUGUGGAAUCAUGUUUACAUAUCCCAACGUCCGUGGUUAAAAAAAAAAAAGUGGAUUAUCAGAUUAUCUAACACAUUUUUCUUUUUUGGAGUGGUUUUGUACAGCCAUCCUUGGCUGUUACAGUCAACGAAUUCUUUCUUGAAAUGUGGCAGUUUUCUUGUACCCGCAGCACACGGACACUUUCGAUGACCACUGACACCAUACAUUGCACAGCAGCAACACAAUCGCAGAGAGCGCACUGAGUCCUGCGAGACAUCGCUGCGUUGCUGAUGGGUACAGUACAUCUCGGGAUUAAGUUCUGCGCAGAACCUGCCACUCAUCGCCCGCGAGUUUCCUAUGCACUUACUCGGGCAGACUAUGUCUAGGCCUGCUUUCGUUGUUGCAAGUCGCAUUGUGCUUGGCAGAAGCGUCUAGUCAGAUGUUGUGAUGGCUUUUUAACUUGACUGUGCACGCAGGCAAAAAAGUACUUCAUUCAAGCGGUGUGUAGGAAUGCCUUGUACAGUGGCACAUGCCCGAAGUGGGCGGGUUCCGUUUGCAAAGCUUAAUCGCUGCUAGACGCGGUUUCACAGUUGGUGUUGUCUUCUUGGUAUUUGUUAACCUUUGUAAAUACUGUGUAAUUUAUUUCGUGCCCUCAAUAAAAGGGAGGCGUGUGUUUCUUUACAGAA